AUGGUGUACGAUCCAAACUUGUGGUAUAUCCAUGGAAACACCUACGACUUGCAUGAGUUUGUUGACAAGCACCCCGGCGGACGCAUGGCCCUGUUGACUGGUCGCGGUCGCGACUGCACAGCCCUCUUCGAAUCGUACCAUCCUUGGAACGACAAGCACCGCAAGAUUCUUCGUGCUUAUGGGGCAGCACCGCCUCCACCAGACCCCUUUUACGAGGAGAUCAAGGCUGGUGUUCGCGAAGCUUUCCCAGAAGGUUGUGGUAGCACAAAGAUGCGGACCCACGCCAUGAUCGGCUUGGCAGCAGCGUGGUCUUUGAUGAUGUGGCUCUUUUUCGUCGUGGCCACCCCUCUAUCCAGUUUGCUUGCUGGUUGCCUGGUUGCGACAGUUGCCACUCGCCUUUCUCAUGAGGGUGGUCAUUGGCAAAUCAGCCGAAAAGAGUGGGUGAAUCGCCUUGCGCUCUUCCUGGGUUUCUUUAUUGUUGGCCCUUCAAUGUGCUGGUACUAUCAGCAUGUUGUCAGCCACCACGUGAGCACCAACCAGGACAAGGAUGCUGAGAAGGAUGUGGACGUGGAGUACAUUUGGAUUGCUGACAAGUUCCCUGGCUGGCUGAAGGUCUUGUCGCUGCCUGGCAUUUUCAUUGGCACUGUGAUUGAGAUUGGAGUGAAGCGUAUGAUCGUUGAUUUGCUCAUCCGCGGGCAUGUUGGUGGGCACAAGGUGGACUACCGCUUGGGUGGAAUUCUGUAUGAGAUCCCACUGUGGUGCUUUCUUCACUAUAUGUUUGGACCGUCCUUCUUGUGCUAUGUGUGCAUGUGGCUCACAGCAGGUGCAAUCUUCGUCCCGUGCUCGCAAGUGGCUCACGUGAUCCUCUACCCGGACUCCGGAGAGCAUGAAUCCUGGGCAAAGAUGCAGAUUGCUGAGAGUGUGGACUUCGCGAGCGAGUCCGAUUUCUGGUUCCAUACGGCCUUCGGCCUCACAACCCAGAUCGAGCAUCACUUGUUCCCCGGCAUUGGCCACCAUUGCUAUGACACCUGCCGGAAGAUUACCCGAAAGGUUUGUGAAAAGCAUGGCGUGCAUCACUCCGACGUUUCUGCAUCAACUGCCUUCGGGGCAUUGUGGACACGAUUGGUGGCAGCCACACCAGCAGCACUGCUUAUGUAA